AAGGAAUUCAAUAUUUGCAAUGAAAGACACCCAGUUGUUGAAGUUAACGAUAAGUUCAUUGCAAAUAGCAUCAAUUUGUCUGGUAUACAUCUAAUUACUGGCCCUAAUAUGGCUGAAAAAAGCACUUUCUUGAGGCAAAACGCUCUCAUUGCAAUUUUAGCUCAUAUGGAUUCAUUUGUGCCAGCA